AUGAACAAUGUACCAGCAGUAAUAAUAAAACCUACAAGCACUCAGGACUCACAAGUUACCAAGCAAGAAAUCCAGAAAGCAAUCGACCCCAAGAAAAUAAAUGUCUCUGUGAACUCCAUACAAACAACGAAAAAUGGAUGCUUCGUUAUCAAAUGCAAUUCAGAAGAAGGAGCAAAAAAACUACUAGUAGAAACUCAGAAAAACAAAAACCUGGAAAAUAAAUAUGAAAUAAAGUUAUCUCAAAUGAAGAAACCCAGAAUCAAAAUCAUUGCAAGUGGCUCUCAGAUGAAUAGUGACGAAAUCGAAGAAUGCUUGAAGAAGCAGAAUGAAUUCAUUGAACGUGAUGAUUAUGUCAAAGUGACCUAA